GCCGUGGUGGCCCGGCCCGGUAUCCGGGUAAGAUGGCCGCAGUCGGAGAGUGCUCGCUCCCCGCUCCGUGGCGGCCGGUCUCCCUCACUCACGUCGAGUAUCCCGCAGGUGAUUUCUCUGGUCAGCUUUUAGCUUAUUUGAGUCUCGGUCCAAUAUUCAUUAUUGUUGGCUUUGUAACGCUCAUCAUAUUCAAGAGAGAGCUUCACACGAUCUCUUUCUUGGGAGGGCUGGCAUUCAACGAGGGAGUGAACUGGUUAAUAAAAAAUGUAAUCCGGGAGCCUCGGCCCUGCGAAGAAGCCCAUUCAACAGUGACCACAAAAUAUGGGAUGCCGUCCAGCCACUCCCAAUUCAUGUGGUUUUUCUCUGUCUAUUCCUUUCUGUUCCUUUAUUUAAGAAUGCACCAAACAAACAAUGCGAGGUUUCUGGAUUUACUAUGGCGACAUGUGCUGUCCAUCUGCCUCGUCACAGUGGCUUUGCUAGUCUCAUAUAGUAGGGUUUAUUUGCUUUACCACACCUGGAGCCAAGUCUUAUAUGGAGGUGUGGCAGGAAGCAUUAUGGCCAUAGCCUGGUUUGCCUUCACACAAGAGAUAUUAACUCCUCUCUUCCCAAGGAUAGCUGCGUGGCCAAUUUCAGAGUUCUUUUUAAUCCGAGAUACCAGCCUCAUUCCUAACAUCCUGUGGUUUGAAUACACAGUCACGAGAGCAGAGGCAAGAAACAGACAGCGCAAGCUGGGUACGAAGCUCCAGUGACUCAGGAAGUCUGGGGACCAGAGUGCACGUUUUAACGGAGACAGAAAAGAGCAGAGACCUGGGAGCAGCAAGGAGCCUUUUAACAGACGGACCAAAGGAACAGGCAGGGACCAUACCCAAAACCUGAAAGCCUUUGCUCUGCUUUAGCAGCUAGCUGGAUGCUCCCUGAUGCAUGUGGGACCGUGCAGGAGUAGAAACUCAUUUUCAACACAGAUGCACAUUGCCGGUUGGAAUGUACCAUCAUGUCUACGUCAGGGGAGGGGGGAGAAAAUGCCUGGUGUCAUGUUUGGGGGAGGGAAAACCAAAAAUGAAUCCUUUCUGUGACUUUUCUUUUUUUUUUCAGCAUGAAAUAUACACACUAUUUAUUUAUUUUUUUAAAUUGAACUAUUGUUUUUGGGGUGGGUGAGGCAUUGAUUGUGUGUUUUGUUUUUGCUUUUUGUUUGGGUUUUUCUUCUUGGAAGAAGAUGACAAAACUAAUCUCAAGUUGAUCAUGCUUAAUUAGGGCUUUUAAUUUUUAAAAACUUCUUAGGAGGGAAGAGAACUAGGAUGGGGUGACCUAGGCAGAAGGGAGAGGAAGGCUUCCUUUCCUUUCUGCAACCAGUUUGGGAGAUCAAAAUCAAUUCCAACUGCACUUUGUACAGAUGGAAAGAAAGACUGAAGAUCCGAUUUUUAACACUAGUGAUGGUUCUGCAGGGAAGCCUGCACAGAUACCAUUAAGGGGAGUGUGUGUGUAAAACAAUGGAAAAACUGAAAUAUACUGACUAUUUUUUUCCACUGCUGCUCCUGUUGUGUAAUUAGCAAGAGUGUCUUUCUCAGAAUCUCUUCUAGGUGGCAAGAUUAUCAUACAUAUCUCAUGUUUAUUCCAUCUCUUCCUUUAUACUUUUAUUACCUCAGGGUUGCUGUGAUCUGUACAGCUUCUGUUGUCGUACUGAGUGUGCUACCGAUGGCACUAGAAAGCCCACUGGUUAUAAGCAGCACUGGGGUCCAGUAAGAGUCAGCCCAAAGCCUUACAAAAUUCAGUUGCUAGUCUCUGUCUUAAGCACUGGGUUUUUUUUUUUCCUGUUAAAGCUUAAGGGAGGGAUUUUUAAGAAUGAACAAAGUGACAACCAUAAAUGAAUAACGAUGCAAAUGACUGAUAACUAGCUCAGCUGCUGUCUGAAUUAUUUCUGGAAGAGUCCUGUUUAGAAUCCAGCCAUGAACUCAAGUAGUGAGCUUAUCCUAGCAGAGACCCCUACCAGUUACUACAGCGACUUGGUUAGGGUUCUGCAGUAGUAACCUUGAAUGCCGAACUCCUACAAGCAAGUUUCACUUUCCAUCCUUCUUCCAUUCUGAUUCUUCGUUUGGCCAGUCAGCUCUCUGGGUGCUGUGUCUCUGUGGGAGUGUGCCUGCCAUCUGUGUGUGCUGGUGAUGCCUACGACUUCUGCGAUCCAUGAGUUAACCUGGCAAGGGCUAUACUCAGAGUGCUUCAGGGCUGUGCAUGGACACUUUCUGUAUUUCUAGUAUAUAAUGCAGCAGUUCAAGUGUAACUACAGAGAAGUAUUUAUUCAAAGCACAAUUGACUUGAACUUUCACAGAUAAAGGACAGCUUCUGAACUGGUCAUCGGUGUGCCUUCGAUGCAGUCAUGUGAGCAGAGGUAAAAUGACUGUCACAUCUCAGUCUUGCUGCCUGUUUUACUAUCUCCACUUUAAUCAGACUCCUGCAUUAUAAAGCUCCUUGAAGUGAGAUGUGUUUCUGUUCAUUUUGAUUAUUUUUAUUUUUUUAAGUUUUCAUCUGUGCCUGUUGCCAUAGGAGUUUGUGUGUUUGUAUGGAGUGGGAGCUGCUGUAGAAACUGUUGGACAACCAGAGUGUUAACUGCAGAAAGCAGUGAUCCUGGUCCAGGAGAUGAGGAACGAAGGUUGUUUGAAUUUCUGUGUUUAAGUAGCUAUGGUUAGUAAACUAACUGUUUCCAGUUGUUACAGCAAAUAUAUAUAUAUUUUUUUUAAGAACUGUUUAGUAUUUGCAUAACAUGAGCAAUCCUGUUGACAUUUGAAAGACCUGAGCACUGGAUCUGCUUUGAAGGCGCAUCAGAAUAAAGAGGCAUCUUGCAGCUUUCACAAGGACACUUGAUCUGGCUUAGAACAGCUCUACUAAUAUGAGACAGGACAUCAGAUAGGCCAUGGGACAUGGUGGUACCAUACAUUUCAGUUUGAAAACUGGUGCUAAUCCCUUAUUUCUUGCAAAACCAUUUAUUUUUCUCUUUAUAUCUCUUGCAAGUUAACUUACAAAGCCAGAAGAGAGACCACAACUCUCUUCCCUAAGGACAAGGGUGAAAGAGGGAGUUGUUUCAAGAGUGGCUAGCACUUCCCUAGCUUCCUAAGCUGUUAUGGCAGACUGCUGGAAAAACUACAUGUGGAAGCACCUAUUGAGAACUAGAGCAUAGGGAAGAAGUUUCAUCUCCUCGUGGAGAGCAGCAUAGUGUAAAAAGCUGUUGUGCUUCAUGUUGCCUUCAAACCCAAGCUUCCUACAGUAAUUCUUAGGCGUAAGGGAAAGGAAGAAGAGCUCUUGUAAGACACUGUAAUAAACUCUCCUCUGUUCUCUGU